AUGAACUUUCCAAAACUGAUGAUUGAACAUUUGGUUUUCUAUGCUGCUAAAACUACUAUUCCAUAUGGAUCUCUCCUUACUGUGUUGUUUAAGUCUUUUGGGAUUGAUGUUGAAAGUGAGUCACCCACUUAUAUUAAACCUGAGAACAUUCUUUCGAAACAAUCUUUGCUUCGCCUGAGCCUUAAACUUGAGAGUGGGAUAAUUACUUUCUUGACUAGAGGAGGAGAGGAGAAAAAUAGUGGAAAAGGGAAAACACAGGUUGUAGAGGGAGAUACAAGUGAGUCAGAAGAGGAGGAAAGUGAAUCUGAAAAAGAAGAAAGUAAAGAAAAAGGAGAGGAAGACAAAGAGGAGGAAGAAAUUUCUGAGGGGGAAACACAGGAGGCAGAACCUGAGAAAGAAGAGGAGACUCAGAGUGAGGGGGAACCAAGUUCAGAAAGUGAGAGUCUUGACCUCCCUUUUGUUCCUGUGUUUAAAGGGGAACUCAGGAGGAGCAAGAGGAAAAUUGUCAAACCUACUGCUUCUACUCUAAAGCCUGUGAUUAUUGAAGACAUUAGUUCUUCAGAUCACUCUGACCCUGAUUUUACCCCUACACAAGUUCCUUUUGCUUCUGAGCCAUCUUCUGUUCAUGACUCCCCCCCCAAAACAAGCUAAACCCUCUUUCACUC